UCGGCCAUUUGUCGUAUACGGUGGGUAUUUCAUCGCGCUCUUGCUGUAAAACGUUUAAAAAUUUGUAGGCGACCACCGAUACAACCUUUUGUAAACAUGCAGAACGACGCCGGUGAAUUUGUGGACCUUUACGUCCCCCGUAAAUGCUCUGCUAGCAACAGAAUCAUUGGAGCCAAGGACCAUGCCUCCAUCCAGAUGAACAUUGCUGAGGUUGACAAGGUGACUGGUCGUUUCAAUGGUCAGUUCAAGACCUAUGCUAUCUGUGGCGCCAUCCGCAGAAUGGGUGAGUCUGAUGACUCCAUCCUGAGGCUGGCAAAGAAUGACGGCGUUGUCGCAAAGAACAUCUAAGUGUGACGCUGGAGCUGUUGGAACGUUGUAAAAUAAAAUGGUGGAAUAAAAA